ACAGUAAUUAUAACCGGGCCGUACAGGUGGCUUGUCAUUUCGCCGCUCUUCGGGCUCUUCGUGUAUAAAAACAAACAAGCGUUAACAAAAUGCCGUCGAUCGCCGGAAAAUAUCAGCAUUACAAAAAUGAAGAUAUUGAUGAAUAUUUCACAGCAGUCGGUGUACCAUAUAUGGGACGAAAAAUGAUGUCUAUGUCAUCUCCUGUUAUGGAAAUUACCUUAGAAGGAGAUACUAUGACAAUUAAAAAUUCUUCCUUAUUGAGAACAACUGAAUAUAAAUUUAAAUUAGGUGAAGAAUAUGUUGAGAACAUGCCGAAUACAUCAAUUAAGAGCGUAUCCAUUCUUGUAAACGAUCAUGAAGUCCAGACGAAUUCAGUGAUCCCUGAAAACGGUGCGAAAUGUGGACGCCACUACCUCUUCACUGAUGAUGAAUGCAUUAUUACACUGACACAUGACAACGCUAAGCCUGGGAAGAGGUACUUCAAAAGAAUUAACUAAUUAAUACGGGAAAAAAUAAGCAAACUAUUAUUUUGCAUACGCACUGAUUUUUGAAGAUAUUUUAUUGACACUGAAUUAUAAACACAUAUAUUAUAGCUAUUUCUAAGCACAAAUUAUAAAUAGAUUUCUAGAUUUCCCUAAUUGCAAAAACUAACUUAUAAAAUUAUAAUGAUUCCUUAGAAUACCUAUUAGAAGGAAGCUAUAGUUUAUAAAGUUGUUCUGCCAUGUGUAUAGCUUAAUAAUCAAUUAAGGAUGGUAGUAAAAAAUCCUAAUCAUGUUUGAAAAGAUAUGAAAUGGAAUUAACUAUUGUAUUAUGGUAGUAACGCGUAUCUGUGUAUAAGUUGUAUAUUUCCACUUUAGAAGGUAUGACUUGAAUUCCACACGAGUUAAGUAGUUAAGUGCACUUCACAAGUUUGUACAAGUGUUGGUAAAUAAUUGAAUAAAAUUGUUACUUUGUGUGUAUUUAAUCACAAUACCACAUAAUGCACUCAUUUAACUUAGCUAUAAUCGACGAUCCAGGUAUAUUUUCU